AGUGGCCCAACGCGAGUUGCUCGGCCUCUUGUUUUCGUGUUUGGGUAGAACAGCUCAGGCUCAGAAUACAACAUAGGCCAACCCCGCGACUCAGCGGUGACUCUACUCAGCUUUGCCAGCUUUGCCGUUGGAAGCCCCAUUGUCUUCUUUGGACUCUUUGAUAUUCUUUUUUUUCUCUUCUCACUCAAAAAUACUCUCUUCCUUUAUUCUUUCUCGUCUCUCAUUUUUGCAAUCACUAGUGCAGAGUACUUGAGCGAGCCUACUAGCCGUCUAUUCCUGAGCUAUGCCUGCACCCAGCUCAAAGCCCCUCGCAGACCAUAGGACCGCUGCAAAGCGUCGGGCCGUCACCACCGUAUCGGCCAUUGCGCUCGUUUUCAUUCUCUGGCCAGAGCGCUUCAUCAUCUGGAGGAAUCUCUGCUUUGUCCCGGUUGCGGCAUGGCUGACUGCGCUGGUCUUUGACCUGAAACAUGGCGCACUCGACGCAUGGGAUGGAGUCCCGGCCUGGAUGAAGAGGAUCAUUGGCGCAGAUGAUGGUAGCAGCAAUAACAAUAGAAGCAGUGGAGCAUCUUCACGGAUGGGAGCUGGAACCCGAAAUGGGUCAAAUCGAGCCAAACCCGUGGCAGUAUCGGACUAUGUGCUCAUGCAUCUUGGCGAUACAGUUUCUCUCGUCAAGAGCGAAGUAGCACGGCUGUGGGAGAUUGUCAGGCCAAUUCUAGCCGAAUGGAUUCGUCAAGCCAUCCAUUUUCUCAGCUCUCAAAGAUCAGCAAACCGGAUUUCACCACCGUCAUCAUCCUUACCUCGCAAGCCAACCCCAGAGUUCACCCAGUACUACGGCAUCUUGGUCAAGAUUCCUCGCGGCCCCAACGUUACCGCUCCUUUCGCGCCUCCAUAUCGGAUGCGAGAAGCCUCUGACAGGGCCAUUCCGCGGGAAAGCAAGGAUGUGUCGGCUGUUCCUUCAGUGCUCAGCUCUUGGGACGUCGAUUCUCGCAUCUCGUUCCUUCUCGUCGAAAAGGCAACCUGGGAUGAUCGAGAUCAAACGCUGAGAAGCAAACUGGCGGCUGGCACAUACUGGAAUAUGUCGGCCCAGGGACGUGGCAACCUUUGCAAGGAGAUGGACAGAGCAGAAGUUGCACAGAUUAGCGGCAUCGAAGUGAUUGGCCUUGGUGACGGGGAAUACGAUGCGUUGAAGAAAUGUCGUCAGUGUUUUCGGGUCUUGUGUCAGGACUGGAAGUACAUGAGGAUGCUCUGGGACGACAUCGACUUCGCUGCCAUCCUGGCCUUCUUAGUGAUGGGACCAGCCGCAGCCACAAAAUCAGCCCAGAUUUAUCGGGCACUUUGCAUACUCAGAGCAGAACAGGCUGAAGCCCCAAAACGAGGCGGCCCAAACAUUGAUUCGUUUCUGAUAGCAGCAGCCACGGGAGGGCUUGCAGCACCCUUUGUGCUACCGCUAAUGGUAGGCGGCCUAGCUGCUGCCGCCAUGAAGAAUCGCAAUGGUGCACUGCCAGAGCAGAGAAGAAAGGCAUACAAAAGCCUGAUGCUGCAAUUCCCAGAGCUGAAGGCGUUGUUUGACGCAGAAGAGAGGGAAUACCAAGAAGAGAGCACUAUGCAAAACUGCAAUGAUGAUGAUAAUGAUGAUGCCGAGUGGAAGGAUGAGGGUGAGGACUAUUAUAACGAUGCUUUGAAUCCAUUUGACUGGUGAUGGGCAGAGAACAUGAAUUUGCGCGAAAGAGUCUGAAGACCCGCGCUUGCGAGCAUAUAGAUUGCAAUUUUCUUCUUCUUCUUCUUUUCGAAAAUUUGUCUUAGAUGUGAAUACAUGUCAAAGUACAGAUUGUUGAGUCAUUGCCUUCCAC